GACGACAACACCCAUUCUGCAUCAGGGUACUACCUACCUCCCUCAAAUCAUGAUUAAUCCAGCACCGGAUAGAUAGGUACUUAUUCACCAUCGUAGGCUAGGCACUGUAUGGAAAGGUAAUUCUGUCAACAUUUCCAUUCAACCUAUUGAGACUCCCUACAAACUCGACAAACCUCCUCACAAUGGCUGGUGACCUCGCCAGCAAUGUUCAAGCCAAGGCUGAAGAGGUCGCGAAAGAAGACUACUAUAAAGCUAAAGAGCUCCUUGCGGAUGCGGCUAAAAGCCGAGCCUACCUGUAUCCUUUCAAGGGUAUAAUCUACUUUAUAACGCAUAAGGCAUUAUGGAAGCCAUUCUCCUCUCGCAUUUUGCCAACCCUAGGGCUUACUUUGGGAGUGUUCGCCUCUAUGCUCUUCUUCACUUAUCUACCACAGCUCUCAAUUCUUGUCUUCAUUAACGGCCCCCUGGCUGUCUUCACGACCACCCUUCUCAUACUCAACGAGAGCUCUGCGCUUGUCAGUAUCAUUUCCCGCAACUUCCUCUUGCAGGAUGCCCUACUUGAUACCUUCGAUGGCACACUUGUCUCAAGAAAUGCAACUGGUAUUGUCAGAGAGGGACGGCAGUUGAAGUCUGGCAAUGACCCUAUUUCAAGACUGGGUAAAAUCCUCAAGAGUCCCUUUUCAAAACUUACUCCGAAAGCUUUCAUAAGAUAUGUCAUGUAUCUCCCCUUAAAUUUUAUUCCUGUUGUUGGCACGAUUAUCUUUAUAUUUCUUCAAGGUCGAUCACGAGGCAACACGAUUCAUGAUCGGUAUUUCCAACUAAAAGGAUGGUCUUCACCCCAACAGCAGGAUUGGAUUAAACGGCACGCGGGCCCGUACACAACCUUUGGAACGAUAGCGACUCUCCUCGAGAUGAUACCUGUCCUAUCAAUGUUCUUUGCAUUCACUAACGCCGCGGGUGCUGCUCUCUGGGCUGCCGACAUAGAGCAAGGGAACACGCAGAUGACCCAAGGCACGGCCCCCCGUUUGCGAGAAACUGCGAAGAAGGCCGAAUAAGGUUGUACAAUAAAUGCGCCAAACCGACGUCUCCGAGAUUAGAUGGAUCGAAGAUCCUGCACAGAAAUGCAGACGGACCGCAUCAUACCCGUAAGACCUUGGCUGACCCUUGGGGUAACUUGUGUUGCUCGCCACCGCGUCGUACACAUAAGGGCCAAUGGACCCGUGAGGUUUUUUGGAGGACUUUACGGUGAAUGGUCAAGAGGCUCACAGAAUCCGAAUUAUUUGCAAUUUAGCUAUUACUUGUACCCGAGUUUCUAGGUGUUCGAAACAUAGCUACCUAGCCACUACAACUCACGAGAUAUCGAGACAACGUUCACCCACGAUGAC